UCGGCGGCGCGGCGGACUCGGCGACAUGGAGAGCGGGGCGUACGGCGCGGCCAACGCGGGCGGCUCCUUCGACCUGCGGCGCUUCGUGACGCAGCCUCAGGUGGUGGCGCGCGUCCUGAGCCUGGUUUUCGCCUUGAUUGUAUUCUCAUGCAUCUUUGGUGAGGGUUACAGCAACACUCAUGACACAGGACAGAUGCACUGCGUCUUCAACCGGAACGAGGAUGCCUGUCGCUACGGCAGUGCCAUUGGGGUGCUGGCUUUCCUGGCCUCAGCUUUCUUCUUCGUGGUCGACAUCUAUUUCCCCCAGAUCAGCAACGCCACUGACCGCAAGUACCUGGUCAUUGGUGACCUACUGUUCUCAGCGCUCUGGACCUUUCUGUGGUUUGUUGGUUUCUGCUUCUUGACCAACCAGUGGGCAGCCACCAGGCCAGAAGAUGUGCUGGUGGGAGCCGACUCAGCGCGGGCAGCCAUCACCUUCAGCUUCUUCUCCAUCUUCUCCUGGGGCAUGCUAGCCUCCCUGGCCUACCAGCACUACAAGGCUGGAGUGGACGCCUUCAUCCAGAACUACGUGGACCCCACCCCAGACCCCAACACGGCCUACACUUCUUACCCCAGCGCCUCGGCAGAAAACUACCAGCAGCCGCCCUUUACCCAGAACACCGAGACCUCCGAGGGCUACCAGCCCCCCGUGUACUGAGCAGCUGGGCUGGAAGGAGGCAGGGAGGCUGCCCCCCACUCUGGACUCUUCCCUCAAGGCUUGUCUCCUGGGGCCACAGCCCCUCUUCCUGGCUCCUUGCCUGUGGCAGGUGGUAGCCCAGGAAGCCCUCUGCCUUCCCACACCCCAGCCGUAGCAGCAGAACACACCCCAGUGCCUGUGCCCAGGGGGCCUCACAGUCACCCGCUGACUGGCAAGGGCGUUGGCUAGGAAAGGGGUUUAGAUAGAUCUUCUCUCAUUGUUGGGUUUUUGACAGUACUGGGAUGGGACCCAGGGCCUCGUCCAUGUUAGCCAUGUGUCCCACCACUGUGCCACGUCCUCAGCUCCUCACCCACCUCGAUGCAGCCGCUGAAGGCAGAAUGGUGCUCACCACGUGCCGUAGCACCCUGUAGCCCACGGCUGAGCUCAGCCUGAGGUGAUGGGAGCCCGUGUUUUUUUUUUUUUUUUUUUUUUUUUGCCAAAGAUGAGAUGGAGGACCCUUGCAUGUCUCCUUGAGGUGCUGGGUUCAGGCUCCCCACCUCCUCACUCAGGUUUGACACCCAGCCUCGGGCUGGGUUUGUGUUCACCACUGUGCCAACUGCCCCAGGCUGCCUUCCUGACAGCUGUGGGGUGGGCUGGGGUCCACCUCAGGAGGCCUGGACACCACCUCCUCGCCCCCACCCCCCAGGCAGUAGGGAGGGGCUUUGCCUGGAGAGAACACCCCGCUUUAUAUAUUCUCUGCCAAGGUUUAGUUCCAAGUGUGGGAGGGCCGGAUGAAUGUAUUAGAGCCUCGGGGACACCCCUGCCCUUGGGCUCUGUAGACUAGUCUGGAAAGGGAAUAAAUGUGUUUUGUUUUUUUUCUCA